UUGCGCGCAGAAGCGUCCAGGUAAAGGGGGUGCGCGGAGGUUCGUGGUGCAAUGCCGCAGGCUGGUUGCGAGGCGCAGAUUGUACCAUUUCCUCAGGCUCCCCUCCUCGUGCACUGCGGCGAACGCUGCCCCUUUGCACGGCAACAGCGGCUGGAUAAUAACAAUAUUAUUACAGCCCGGGAACCUCUGCAUGACCGGCCCGUCUUUUAAAACAAGGCAAGCAAACGCCACCCCGCCAUGUCGGUUGCCUUUGCUUCUGCUCGCCCGAGAGGCAAAGGAGAGGUCACCCAGCAGACUAUCCAGAAGAUGUUGGAUGAAAAUCAUCAUCUGAUACAGUGCAUUAUGGACUAUCAGAGCAAGGGCAAAACAGCAGAAUGUACUCAAUACCAACAAAUCUUACACAGAAAUCUGGUUUACUUGGCCACCAUAGCAGACUCUAAUCAGAAUAUGCAGUCCUUACUGCCUGCUCCACCAACACAAAACAUGAACCUCGGCCCAGCUGGAAUGAGUCAGAGUGCCUCCAAUCAGUCCCUCCAUUCGCAGAGCAACCUCAGUGAUGCCAUCAGCACAGGGCUUCCACCUUCCUCUCUCAUGCAGAGUCAGAUUAGCAAUGGUCCCAACCAUGUAUCUAUGCAGCAGUCGGGCCAGAAUACCAUGCCCACGACUUCCCUGAGCAUGAGUCUCAGUAGCCAUGGAACUGGGCCCACUUAUAGCCACACAGUGCCUGCAUCUCAGAGCGUCGCCAUGCAAGGCCAGGGAUCGAUCGGCAACUACGUCUCGCGAGCGAAUCUCAGCAUGCAGUCCAACCCAGUUUCCAUGAUUCACCAACAAGCAGCAACAUCACAUUACAACUCUCCACAAGCAGGAACACAACAUUACCAAGGGCAGUCUUCCAUUGCCAUGAUGAGCCAGAGUAAUCAAGGAAACAGCCUCAUGGGGCAGCGGCCAAUGGGCACUUAUCGGGCUUCACAGCAAGGUUCUUCUCAGCAGUACAUGGGUCAGGAGGAAUAUUAUAGUGAGCAAUACAGUCAUGGACAAGGGUCAUCAGAACCCAUGAACCAGCAAUAUUAUCCUGAUGGCCAUGGUGAUUAUGCGUAUCAGCAGUCGUCUUAUUCUGAGCAAAGCUAUGAUCGAUCAUUUGAGGAUUCCACACAGCACUACUACGAAGGAGGGAAUUCUCAGUACAGCCAGCAGCAAGCCGGAUACCAGCAAGGAGCUGCCCAGCAGCAAACAUAUUCCCAGCAGCAAUACUCAAACCAACAAAGUUAUCCAGGACAACAGCAAGGAUAUGGUCCUGCCCAAGGAACUUCAUCACAGUAUUCUAGUUACCAACAAGGACAGGGCCAACAGUAUGGAAGCUACAGGGCUUCACAGACUGGACCAGCCGCGCAGCAACAGAGAUCUUAUGGCUAUGAGCAGGGCCAGUAUGGAAACUAUCAGCAAUAAAAUGACAAGCGCCUGUGUCAGAUUUGUUUCAAUGUUUAUGUCCAUUUUUGGAACUUGGAUGUAUGGGCAAGUUUUUUUUUCUUUUUUUUUAAAUGAUUGAUGGAUGGAUCAUAAGAUGUUGGAUACCGCUGUAGCACAAAGAAGCGUUUGUAUGUGAAAUAGUAUUCAUUUCAUGCUGGAUAUGAAACAGUGCAUUCCUGGUAACAAGGCAACGUUUGAAUGGUUUGGUACGUUUUGGUGCUGUGAAUAAUACUUCCAGAGGUUCUUCCGUCACUUGUUCCCACCUCCUCUUUUGAUGUAUUAAACUCAUUUUAGAAAUCAA